AUGCGUCAAUAUAGUGCACGGGAAGAAUGUGUAGCCAAGAUAAUACCAGAACGAAAGAUAAGUGAGGGAAACUAUCUUCAGUAUUUCGAUGUUCGAAACUUCACAACAUCGGAUCCGAGCUUGGAAACCAGUAGCAAAAUUGAAAAACAAAAGGAACAGCUGCUGACCACACUAAAGCGGGAAGUGAAAUUUAUUAUGGAGGAAUCGGUUACCCGAAGAUCAAUAAACCUUUACAGCAAUUAUGUCACUUCGUUAUGUGCAGCCGUAGAACAGUGUUUGUUAAAUGGCUUGAAAAGGCGUUUAUUGGGAUUGUUUGGUGCUCGUUCAACAUUUGCGUUGGUACAUAACAUCUCAAAGUAUUGUCCACAGGCAUCUGAAAUCCUAAAUUUGGUCACUGAGGCAGAAAAGGAUGAAAGCUUGAAUACAUCAGUAAACUUUUUUUGGAUACGCAUAGCACUAGCGUCACGAAAUUUACCACCGGUACUGGAGUUUAUACAUACUUCAUCACAAUGCAAAAAAUAUUACGAGAAAACAGCGCUAAUGCUGGAUGCAGUGAAGGGAGGUGUUGUUGCGGCAUUGCUUGUUGGACCAUGCGAAUUCAGUUAUUCGGUAAGUAUUCGGCCGGAAGAAUGUUGGUCUGAUGAUCCGACAGCCGAUGAAUUGGUACAACGUCACCGGAUGCAUUCAAUAUGUUCAUCACCUGUUCGUUCGCCACGAAGACCACCGUUAUCGGUUCUUAAAAGUGGAAGUAGUAUUGUGAAUAAUGUUACGAGCUGUAAUACACCGAUGUGUAUUUUUGGACGUGAUUAUGUUUUUUCGCUCCACCAAAACAUGAAAACGUCAUUGUUAUAUGGCAAAAACAAUGUCACCGUAACUUUAUCACCUGAUGGACCAACAAUGAAGGGUUACUUCUCGCUACAUCAGAUUUCAAAAGGAAAUUUAAUCAUCAAAUGGACACCAAAUCAACUGAUGCAUUCAAACUCUCAGCCAACAUCGGCUUCAGUCGACACUUCGGAGUGCGAUUGGUUGUGGCGUCAUGCGAUUAACGUUGACGUCAACGAUAUUAUCUACAUUCACGUUCACCAAAAUAAUGAAGAUUCGCCAGCCACCUUGGUGUUUGUCGGUGGGGAUGGGGUUCAGCAUUCUCCGAUCCGUUUUGCAUUUGGCCAACACGCAGUGCUGUUCCUAAACUGUCUUGAAACUGGUCUGCAACCGUAUCGUCGUUUGGACCCGCCACUGUGGUUAUCCAAAAGCAAAGGUAAAAUGUUGCCAAAGCUGCGAAGAAGGACCAGCAUGGUUGUUGCUGAAACAGACAAGCACGAUUCCACCGAAGAGUACGAGUUGCACGACUACGUGUUCCGAAUAGUUCCACUGAUUGAUUGUCCUCAAACUUCUAGCAGCUCCAACAAAACCGAUAGUGGAGUACCGACAACAGAGACCAGUUCUAGUAGACCAAAACCUGCCGAUGUAGAGAAACUACGAAAUCCGGUCGAACGAAGAACUGAAAGUGAUAGUGUCGUCGAUCGUUUGGUAAAGCAAAACUUGAGGACUGCCUGUGUUUCGAUGCGAAAACAGAUACUUGCCAGAGCAUUCUAUGGGUGGCUUGCUUAUACUGGUCAUCUAAAAACUAUACGUACACAUCUGUCCGCACUGAUUCAGGAUGAAGUUAUUGAAGACGAUGACAUAUUUGGUCCGGUCGACGAAAAGUGUUGGAUGGAAUGUCGUGCAACAAAAACGGUACUCAAGGAAGCUGAAAAUAUUUUCCUUCGUCGAGUCUAUUUACACGGCAUAAGAGGCAGUAAUACGCGUAAACUGCGACAGGAAACAUGGCCAUAUUUGAUAAAUCUUCUUGACUGGGACGAAGAUUUGGAAAUAAUGAUACCGCGUUUCAAAAAACUUUAUGAUGCUGAUUUUGACGCUUGGAAAAAAAUUGAAUCCAAAGUUAUUGUGCGUGAUGAAGAAGCGUUUACUGCUGCCCGACUUCGCCAACACUCAAACAGUGGGGACUUGAACUUCCCUACUCGAGGUCUGUCUCUAACCAACGAUGUUUUUGAUGAUAACGAUGCAGCCAAAGAAAUUUCGUUGGAUCCAGUCAAUCAGGAUCCUCUUGAUGUUUUUGGCACAAAUCUACAUCGGGUUCAAAAAGAUGUUGAACGUUGUGAUCGACAGUAUACUUACUACGCCAAAACUGAAAACCGAGAAAAACUGAAAAAUGUACUUUGUACUUAUGUUUGGCGAAAUAUGGAUGAUGGUUAUAUGCAAGGAAUGUGUGAUUUAGCAGCACCACUUUUGGUUCUUUAUGACGACGAGUCUUUGGCGUUAGCAAUGUUUGAAUGUGUUAUGUUACGAAUGCGACAUUAUUUUCCCAGUGGAUCAAAAAUGGAUGACAGUCUAUCUAAUAUGCGUUUUCUGAUUCAGAAUGAAUUUAAACAAAAUUUAGAGUUAACAUAUCCGCAGCUGUUCCAAGUGUGGGAAGUAAUGAUGGCAGCAUCACACUUGAUAACAUCACAUUUUCAACUGUUCUUUGCGCUCGCAAUUGUUAGCACCUAUCGACAUAUAAUCAUCGACAAUCAUAUGGAUUAUGCAGAUGUUAUAAAAUUUUUUAAUGAAAUGGCUGAACGAUACGAUGCUCAAGAACUGUUGGAAACAGCAAAAAAUCAUUUGGGACAUUUACAGGCAAUUGUAUUGGAACUAAAACAAAAGAUCAAUCAUUGA